CGCCGCGGGGUCUCGUUUAGUUAUGGGCAGACCAGGGCAGAUACACUCAUUUUCUGUGAACCUCGCGAUGUGAUUGGCAAUAGCAUAAGCAGAAGCUGCUUUGCUCGAAUAUUACGAAUACAAUCGGUCGAGGUUGAUUAUAGUUGAUUUUGAUCUUGGAUGCGAGACGGACAAGUCAAAACUUUAAUUUCUCCAAAUGUACCGUAAAAUUUGCAACAACGGAUUUACGAGUGAUCUGUGGGUACAGCGUUAUUUUGAAUGCAGAAAAAUGUUUACUACUUUUGUCCCAGCUGUGAAUGACAAUGAAGCUAGUCUACUUCGAAAUGAUGAGAGACUUAUUAUAGAACCAGAUGAAGUUGCAAAUAAAAAGCUGAGAUUGGACAGCAGCGAUAGAGUGAAGAAAAGAAAAGUAGCAAUCCUGCUUGGUUAUUUGGGAAAGAAUUACUUUGGUAUGCAGAGGAAUCCAGGAAUGAAAACAAUCGAAGAAGAUUUGAUACAAGCGCUACUCAAAGCAAAACUAAUAAAUGACGAAGCUUUUGAAAUAAUCCAAACCAUACAAUUUCAAAGAGCUGCCAGAACUGACAAAGGUGUUUCUGCUGCUAGACAGGUGGUCUCUCUCAAACUACCUGAGCAUGGAAACAAAGACGACAUAAACUCAUUUUUACCAGACGAAAUCCGAGUAUUUGGAAUUAAACGGGUGACAAAGGGGUUCAACAGUAAAACCAAAUGUGAUGCUCGAACAUAUGAAUACAUAGUACCGACGUUUGCAUUUGCACCAGACUCGCUGUGUCCAAAUCUAUCGAAAGAAAACUUUGACAUUGAUGAAAAAGUUGAAGCACUAUCAACGAUUGAUGGUCAGCCAUUUUUUGAGUACCGGGUAUCACCUGAAAUAAUCAAUAGGGUCAACUCUGUUCUAAAACUAUACGAAGGGACUCAUAAUUUUCACAAUUUCACAUCGAAAAUAAAGCCACUGGAUCCAUCUGCGAGCAGGUAUAUAAUGAGCUUCUCGUGUAGUGAGCCUUUUGUGUCCAGAGACAUGGAGUUUGUCACUUUGAAAGUAAAAGGACAGAGCUUCAUAUUGCAUCAGAUUCGGAAAAUGGUAGCAUUGGCUAUAGCCGUUGUUAGAAACCUUGCACCUGAAGAAACAGUAACUGCAGCUUUCCAGCAAGAAAGAAUGGACGUGCCAGUUGCACCCAGCUUAGGAUUGGUUUUGAAUCAGGUUCAUUACGACAAGUAUGACAAACGGUAUGGCACAGACGGUAUACAUGAAGUCUUAGAGUGGAGAGAGCUCGAUGAUGAGGUAGUAAAAUUCAAAGAAGAGUACAUUUUGAAAUACAUCUUUGAAACUGAGAGAAACGAAAAUUCGAUGUUAAAAUGGCUUGCUACUCUACCAUUGCAUAGCUACAGUACCCGGGAAGAACAUGGCAAUAGUUAAUGGAGUACUUACGAUACGGUUAUUAAUGACAAUAUCUCUAGUAGAUGUGACACACUUACAAACCAUGAUAAAUUAAAUUCUUGAUAUAUAAAA